GCUAGGGAAAGUUCGCUUGAAGAGUGGAUUUACUUCGCAAAAUAAAGGUAUAAAAGGGUCAAAAUUUAUCUUAAUCUCAUCUUCAUCAAAACCUGCUCUUCUAUAAACAAAAUCUUCGCUGUAUCUUCCAACAUUAAAAUGUUCUUCUUUGUGUUUCAAGUUCUCGUCGUUAUUGUCUUCAUGGUUAGUGGCGUUAAUUGCUUUGUUGGCACAUUUUUUGCGGAUACUACAAAUCUCCUGCUGCUCCUUAUCCUGCUUAUUUAUCUUGGAUUUGCCUUGCUGUUUGGAAUGGUUAGAGGUGGUGGUGGAAAGAAGAAAACUGUGAGGCAACGUGCCGCCACCACCUAUCGCGAUGAUGGCAAAAAGCAAAAGCCGAAGCACAACGAGGAGGAAAACGAAGAUAAGAAAGAUGAGAAUGGAAACAAGAAGGAUGAUAAGAAGAAAGAUGAUAAAGAUGAGAAGAAAAAUGCGUGAAAGGAAGAAGAAAAAGCUCGAUUGAAAAUAAAUAGGUAAAUAUAUAAAUUAGACUCUCAUAUUUUUGCUCUCUCAUUUUUUGUGUAGCCCUUAUACCUAUGUUUUGGUUGUAAAUAGUUUUUUGUGGAUGUAUGGAAAUUUGAGAGAGUAUUUUUUUGUCGAAUAAUUUGCAAGAGUUUGAGUUUCCUUUUUUUGAGUUUGAGUUUUCUUGCAGUUUGAGUUUGCAAGGGUUUGAGUUUUUUUGAGUUUCCUCCUGUUGAGGAAUGUGUUAAGAUUCCUUUUUGCGGUCUAAAAGUUGACAGAGUUCUC